CGCUUCAUCCUAAGCUCGGACCCACUCCGAAAAAACCAACAUCGUCCUUUUGCGCACUCGCUCUCGCUCACGAUCGAAUUUCAACUCUCUCUCGACCAAAUCGCAAACGAAUACCGCAAAAAUGGCCGGAGGUAUCGGAGUCCGCGACGUCGAUUCGCACAAGUUUAUCAACGCCUAUGCUGCGUUCUUGAAGCGACAGGGCAAGCUGCCCCUCCCUGGUUGGGUUGACACCGUCAAGACCGGCCCUGCCAAGGAGCUCCCCCCCCAAAACAUUGACUGGUUCUAUGUGAGGUCCGCUGCCAUUGCCAGGCAUGUCUACUUGCGCAAGACCGUCGGUGUUGGCCGGUUGAAGAAGGUCCACGGCACCGCCAAGAACCGUGGUUCCAGGCCCUCGAAGCACGUCACUGCCAGCGGAAGCGUCGACCGCAAGGCCAUGCAGGCUCUGGAGAAGAUCAACGUUCUCGAGAAGGACGAGGAGAGAGGCGGCCGCCGCAUCACUCAGUCCGGUCAGCGGGAUUUGGAUCGUAUUGCCCAGACCGUUGCCGAGGCUGAGGAGGAGGAGGAUGAGGAUGAGGAGUAGAUGUGCUCUCUUCUAGAACGGAUUCUUGAUUCCCGGUAGCAUCACGGUUAGGCGUCUCAAAAUGGAUCACUGGCUUGCUUGACUGGUCACUGCUGUUCUUCAUGACAUCACCUCCACCUACUGGAAUCCGAAAUGUAUGCCAUCUACCAACUUGAUGCCUGACGACU